AUGGUUACUCCUUCGAAUCUGCCUGAAACUCCUCGCAAUCUCUUCGAAGUUCACCCAGCACCCAAAACUACUACCACUUCGGACUGUAAAUUUGAAUUCAACAUGGUACUUGGAUGGGGAGACUCUCAUGAUGCCCAUAAGCAGGUUUAUGGCAAAGAAGACAAUCCAAAGUUCUCACAGGAGCUUCUAGCUGGUGCAGCCUCCUUCGAAGGCUUUAGAUUGUUUGAAAAUCACCAACGAAAAGAGGGAAAACCAGUUUCCCAUGCGUUCGCCAAGGAGCUUCUCGUUGGCUUUGUCGGUGGAGAGGUCGACAAAAUGGCCCAGAAGCGGCAUAUGAGCGCAGAGCAAAAGGACGAGGCGAAGCAAUAUGCGCAAGGAAACGCAGAAUCCUUGUAUGAUGAACAUUACGUUCAAGGGCAGGGAGCACAGCAAUAUGAUCCCAACCAAUAUAGCGCUCCAUCGCAUUUCUAA